GAUCUAAUGGUUUGUAGGCUCUCGGCGUGCGUGGGCCAUCCUGCGAUUCACUGACAUUCGCCGGGCGGAUUGUUGCGGAGGAAAAAAGAAGAAAGUUACUCUGACUUCUUGGACAUACUGCCAACAUGUCUGGGGAUGAAGAGAAACAGGAGCAGACCGUCGCCGAUGACUUGGUGGUUACCAAAUACAAGAUGGGGGCCGAGAUUGCCAACCAGGCCCUAAAGAUGGUGGUUGAAGCAGGUAUGGCCGGCGUCUCGGUGCUCAGCCUGUGUGAAAAAGGAGACGCCUUCAUCAUGACAGAAACUGGAAAAAUCUUCAAGAAGGAGAAAGAGAUGAAAAAAGGUAUCGCCUUUCCGACGUGUGUGUCUGUUAAUAACUGCGUGUGCCAUCACUCCCCGCUUAAGAGUGACCCCGAUGUCAUGCUCAAGGACGGGGACCUCGUUAAAGUUGACCUUGGCGUGCAUGUGGAUGGCUUUAUCUCCAACGUGGCUCACAGCUUUGUUAUUGGUGUGACCAAGGAAAAGCCCCUGACAGGCCGCAAGGCUGACGUGAUAAUCGCAGCUCAUCUAUGCGUGGAGGCUGCCCUGCGUCUUGUCAAGCCCGGAAACCAGAACACACAGGUCACAGAGGCGUGGAACAAGAUCGCAAAGUCUUUCAAGUGCUCGCCAGUUGAAGGUCUGCUGUCACAUCAGCUCAAACAGCACGUCAUCGAUGGAGAGAAAACUAUCAUCCAAAACCCAACGGACCAGCAAAGGAAGGACCAUGAGAAGGCUGAGUUUGAGGUGCAUGAAGUGUAUGCAGUGGAUGUGCUCAUCAGUACUGGAGAGGGGAAGACAAAGGAUGGCGUUCUGAGGACCACUGUUUACAAACGAGACCCUAACAAGGUGUACGGGUUAAAGAUGAAGACCUCUCGGACGUUUUUCAGUGAGAUGGAGAGACGGUUCGAUAAAAUGGCUUUCACUCUGAGAGCAUUUGACGAUGAGGGGAAGGCCAGGCUGGGCGUGGUGGAGUGUGCCAAGCAUGAGCUGCUGCAGCCGUUCAAUGUUCUCCAGGAGAAGGAGGGUGAGUUUGUAGCUCAGUUCAAGUUCACUGUGCUGCUCAUGGCCAACGGACCACUGCGAAUCACAAACAGCCUCUAUGAACCCGAACUGUAUAAGUCGGAGCACGAGGUGGAGGACACUGAGUUGAAGGCUUUGCUUCAAAGCUCAGCCAGUCGAAAGGCGCAGAAGAAAAAGAAAAAGAAGGCCUCAAAGACUGCAGAGAGUGCAACAGGACAGUCAAUGGAGACUGAAGCUGCAGAAUAAAUUUCCCAUUGAACAAUUAGUGACGCACCCCAAGAACAGACGUCAUAUUCGCUUCUGUCGCAGCUGUCGGAGGCACUUGUGGCAAAGCAACACCUGUGAAAUCAAAACAGAUGUCAGUCUGGGAUAAGGCUGCUUCUAAAUUCUUUCACCUUAAAACAGACACACUGACACAUCCCAAGUAAAUCUCAUCGUCCUUGAGACGGAAUUUGUGUCUGCAACAUUGGACACAACUCAUCGAGACAAAAAUUCUUACAGGGACAUUAGCCUUUUGAGCUUGAGCCUUCAUCCCACUUUUCCACAUGAAAAGAUCUUGUCAAAUAAAAUAAGUCUGACUGAGAUGCCAAGGAUGAAGAAUGGUCAAUACAGUGUUAGUUUGAUAGCCUCCCUGAGACCCGAGGCCAUGGCAAAGAAAUGGAACUUCAACUUGUGUGGUCAUAAUGUCAUCAGAAUCAUCAAUCUUGAUGUAACUACUAUCACCCGAGUUAUAGUUAUCACCAACAGUAAGUUAAUGUACUGCUCCAUCUUUGUGUACACCUCUAGGCAUCCAGGAUACUUGGUUGGCAUUAUUGAUCACAAGACUGACAGGAGGACGCAUGCUCCAACCUGUCAUAGGUUCUGCAUUCAGUCUUGUGCCUCCAGCAGGUCUGACAGUCUGUGUUUACAUAAGAAGUACAGAUAGGGAUGCUUUUGUAAAAACACCACAGUUUCAGAGACUAUUUUUGGAAUGAUUAAAAAUCCACCUGACAUCA